UAUAGGACCAAAGAUUAAUUAAAAAAGGACUGCACCGAAACCCUUCUCGCUCUUCGAUCUUCUUCUUCAUUGGAGCUGUUCACCAUUCGGAAUUUGGAGGAAUCUUUUUUUUGUUUCUGGGAAACAUUUGUGAAGGAUUAAUCCAAGGAUGGAAUGGUCAGCAGCAUCUGCUACAAAAGCUUAUCUUGAUACUCUCAGAAUGUGUAACAAUCGGAAGAGAAAAUGCGAGUCAUGGAAGACACAAGAACCAGGAAGCAGUGAAUUUGUGUCAGCCCUAGCAGCAGGCACGAGAUCUAAACUGAUCGUGGAGGUGACAUCUGGCGUUUCUCCAUCAACAAUAGCCUUAGCAGCCGCCGCCCGACAAACUGGCGGAAGGCUGGUGUGUAUUCUGCCGGAGCCAGACCUCGCCGCUUCAAAAAACAUAAUAAGAGACGCGGGUCUUAAAGAUCUGGUGGAAUUCAGAACUGGGGACCCCUCACAGCUCUUGCAGAGUUACGAGAACAUCGAUUUCUCUCUCGUCGAUUGCAAGAACGACGACUAUACACACUUGCUGAAGUUGCUAGACGUUAACCCUAGAAAAUCAGUGGUGGUUGCGAAUAACUUGGUUGGCAAGAAAAAGGGAUUGGAAGGGCAUUUGACAGGAAUGAAGGAGAAGGUAGUGGUGAGGUCUCUGAAGAAUCCUAUAGGGAAAGGCAUGGAAGUCACCAUGAUUGGCUCAAAGGAGGGCAUUGCUAAGAGGGACAGGGGCAGUGUGGGAAUUAGAUGCGGUUCUAUGAAAAGCAAAUGGGUUGUCAAGGUUGAUGAGGAGAGUGGGGAGGAACAUAUUUUCAGGGUGCCUAAAUCACUCUAGGCUUUGUUUGGCUUCGAAUUAAAUGUCAUCUUUCUUUUUGUGUAUGUCGAUUGAUCUCAUCAUCAUCCUCAUCAAGCCAUGCAUUGAGAAGCUUAUGCAGCAUGCAUGCAUGCAUGCAUGGCGCUGGCUAGCUAGCUAGGCUCCAAGUUGUGUAAGUGCCCUGUAGCCAUGCAUAUGACUGAAAAGGCAGGGGAUUGCUUUAUGUGAAAUCUGUGUUGUAGCCCUGACUGCAUU